AUGAGCGAAGACGCCGGGAACAAAAAAAUCGCAAUCCCUGCGUCCCCAGUAUCGUGCAACCUAAAAGCCGCACAAGAAGACGAAAAUGUCUUCGGUCAGCUGUUUUGUCUGGCGAAUGCCACCGCAGGCAGUUUGGAAGCGUUGUGGGAGGAAGUCGGGUGCUCCUCGGAAGAGAGGCGCGAGCAUUUGAAAGGCCUGGUCGUCGAGUUCGAGCGUCUGUGCACGGAGAAAGUGCGGGAGGAAGAAAGUGUGCGGGACCAAUUCCGGUCCAGCAUCGCCCAGUUACGACAGGAAAUGGUGGAGCUGACGGCAUGCUUGGGG